AUGUCCCCCAACGCGCCCGAACUCAUCAAGACCGAACAAACCUUGAUCUCCAAGAUCUUCCGCAGAAAGUCGGCCGCUACCACCAAAGUCGAGCUCCUCUCCGAUGCCGCCUCGAUGAUAUCCACGGCACCGCUGGUCAAACCGGAUGGUCACGGCCAACCGGACCCGAUGAGGACGACGUCGAACGAGGAGCAGACGGCUUUCAACAGCCUGAUGGACAAGGCCAAGACGAUGAGCCCCGAAGAGUUCAAGGCGUAUCUGUGCCGGCACAAGGAAGACGUCGAGGCCAUGUACCGCAGACAGGGCGGUGGCAUCACGGGCGGUGACUGGAUUUAUCGCGAUCCCACAGAUCUCAGCAGCGCAUGUCGCUAUUGUAUUUUGGCCUUGAUGCGCUCCGACGACGAGCCCUUGGUGGGAUUGAACCGCACCUUGAAACAAGGCGGUACCCUCGGAGAUAUCUCAGCCUCGUGCAAGUGGAAAGCAUUGUUGCGAAGGAUUGUGUCGCCCUUACAGCACGAGAUACACGGUCUAGAGUAG